AUGUCAGCAGGGAGACCGGUCAAAAAGUUGCCAGAAGAGACGAUAGUUGUAUCCUCAGAGCCAACAUCUGAACUCUACAAACAGAUUGCACUCCAAUCAGGCGCUUCAGUCCACCGCCUACGAAUCACCAAAGGCAGCGAUGGAGCGCUUGUGCCCAACGACACCGGUAUGCUGGUUCAAACGACGGGCCUGAGACAACAAAGUACGAUAUACGUGAAAGAUCUUGGCCCACAAAUACGCUGGCGCACCGUCUUCCUCGUCGAAUACCUUGGCCCCAUCCUCAUCCACCCAGCCUUUUACUCCUUCUUCACCAAGAAUGGCGAGGGAGCUUCCUACACCCAAACUCUAACCCUCAUUCUCGUCGUCACACAUUUCUUAAAACGUGAACUCGAAACCCUCUUCAUCCACCGCUUCAGCGCCUCGACCAUGCCCACCUCCAACAUCUUCAAAAACAGCGCUCAUUACUGGCUACUCAGCGGAGUCAACAUGGCAUUCUGGAUAUAUCGUCAAUCAUUCUAUGGCAAGUCUGGUCCCAGUCCGAUCGUUACAUCGUUGGGGCUAGCAUUGUUCGUUCUGGGUGAACUCGGGAAUCUGAGCACGCAUUUGACGUUGAGGGGCCUGAGGUCUAGUGGAGGUAAAGAGAGAGGAAUACCACAAGGAUUGGGCUUCGAUUGGGUUACGUGUCCGAAUUACAUGUUCGAAGUGGUUGCAUGGCUAGGUGUUGCGCUCGUGAGUCUGAACUGGAGCACGGUUCUCUUUGCAAUCGUGGCGACAGGGCAGAUGGGUGUCUGGGCGAAGAAGAAAGAGGCGAGGUAUCGGAAAGAAUUUGGGGGAACUUACAAGAGAAAGAGAUAUGCUAUACUGCCGGGAAUAUGGUGA